GCUUGUGUUUGUUUACCGAUGUAAAAUAAUGAAAUUUUUCAAAUAGAGGAAAUAGCUGCAAAAAUUCCAUCAAUAUGUCUAAACAAGAGUUAAUUUUCCAUCCCAUUAUAAGCUCUAUACAACGAAUAGCUUUAUAUGAGACGAAAGCGAGAUUCUACCUGAUCGGGUCGAACAACACGCAGACCCGGUUCCGCGUGCUGAAGAUCGACCGCACGGACCCGCGCGAGCUGGUGCUGGUGGACGACAAGGUGGAGUACAACAAGACGGAGAUCCACCAGCUGCUCGACAUGAUUGGCUUCGGAAACCGCGCCGGACGGACCAGUGGGUUCAAUAAGCUGGUGUCCGCUUUCGGUAUUGUUGGUUUCAUCAGGUUCCUAGAAGGUUACUACAUAAUACUAGUAACAAAGCGGCGAAAAAUAGCCCUGAUAGGCUCGCAUUCUAUUUACAAAAUAGAAGAUACAGCCACAAUCUACAUCCCAAGCGACUCGAGCAAGCCACAGCAUCCCGACGAGCAGAGAUACCUAAAGAUGUUCAUGGCCGUAGACCUGUCCACUAACUUCUACUACAGCUACAGUUAUGACAUCACUCAUACCCUGCAGAUGAAUAUGGCUCCACCCAGGAAGCUAGCACCGGCCUUGUUUCCCAAGCCAGUGACGGCAGCGGUGUACAGAUCCCAGCUGAAGACUCAGGAGGGCGCUGAAGAGGAGGUGAAGACCUGCACGUGCAAGACUGAGGAUGACGAUGAAGACAUAUUUGAGACAUGGAAGACCCAGCUGAAGCAGAGGAAAAAUAAGCCUGGUGAGUCCCCCCGUCCACUCGAGUUCGGCGUGCGCAGCGUGCCGGCGUGGCGCUUCGUGUGGAACAGCCACCUGCUGGCGCCCGCGCACUCGCACCUGCACCCGGACUGGAUCCUGCACGUCAUACACGGCUUCGUGGAACAGAGCACCCUGGCUAUAUUUAGCAGGCCUGUGUAUGUGACGCUCAUAGCGAGGAGGAGUAACAGAUACGCCGGCACCCGUUUCCUGAAGCGCGGCGCGAACCGGCGCGGCGACGUGGCCAACGAGGUGGAGACGGAGCAGCUCGUGCACGACUCCAUGCUGUCUUCUUUUAGUGCUGGCCGAUUCAGCUCCUUCGUCCAACUGCGAGGCUCGAUCCCGGCCUACUGGUCGCAGGACAUCUCCAAAAUGGUGCCCAAACCGGCCAUCUCCAUCGACCUCGGGGACCCCUUCGCUGAAGUACCGGCGAGGCACAUCAACAACCUUAUGCGAAGAUACGGAGCCCCCAUCAUGAUACUGAAUCUAGUGAAGAAACGAGAGAAACGCAAGCACGAGUCGCUAUUGACAGACGUCAUAAGUAAUGCUGUCAAGUAUUUGAACCAGUUUUUGCCGCCCGAACAUGCGAUCCAGUACUUUCAUUUGGACAUGGCCAGGAAGAAUAAGGGGGCCGAUGCUAAGGUUCUGGAUAAACUAUCCGCCAUAGCCCGCGCCGUAGUCCGUCGCACCGGCAUCUUCCUCAACUGUGCCUCGGCCUGGGAGGGGGCGGCGGCGGCGGGCGCGGCGGGGUGGCAGGCGGCGCGGGGGGCGCGGGGGCGCCUGCAGACUGGCUUAGUACGGGUCAACUGUGUGGAUUGUCUCGACAGGACUAACACCGCGCAGUUUGCCAUUGGGAAGUGCGUGCUGGCUUAUCAGCUAUACGCCCUCGGCCUGAUCGCCUCCCCAUCGCUGGAGUUCGACUCGGACUGCGUGCGGCUGCUGGAGGCGCUGUACGAGGACCACGGAGACACGCUCGCGCUGCAGUACGGGGGCUCCCAGCUGGUGCACCGUAUCAAGACGUACCGCAAGACGGCGCCGUGGUCGUCGCACGGCAACGACAUCAUGCAGUCGCUGAGCCGCUACUACUCCAACACCUUCUCCGACGCUGAGAAACAGGCCAGUAUGAACCUGUUCCUGGGCCUGUUCGUGCCGGAGGCGGGGCGCGCCGCGCUGUGGGACUACAGCUCCGACGCGCCCCUGCACCACCCCACCGUCUACAUACCCACCGAGCAUUCAUUGACCAAGUGGUGGGACGACGACGUGCACCGCCACCUGCCGCUGCCCACAGACGAGGUGCGCAAGUUGUGCUGCGAGAUCGUGGGGCUGGCGGGCGGCGCGGGCGCGGAGAUGCUGGACGCGUACAGCGACCAGCACCGCCCCGACACGUAUACUGUGCUGGCAGACUGCUUCGAACUGGAGAUGUGCCACAGUCUGCGCGACAUCGCGCCCGCGUUCACGGAAAACUACAGUCCUUUUGUGGUGCGCGGGCGCGGCGGCGGCGUGCCGGCCUCCACCAACCCCGUCAUUAGCGGACGGUCUAGCACGACUAGUAAUAACUCUAGCGAUUCAAACAGCGACACAUCCUCAGACGACGAGCUAACCUGGUCGGUAACUCGCUCGCGGCAGGUGACCCCCUCCCCGCUGCGGGCGCCCCCCGCGCCCCCCGUGCCCGCCCCCUUCCUCGCUGUCAAGGCGAGCUGUAGGAUCGCGCUGGCUGAGCCGGGGAAACGGGAUACUCUGUUAUACAAACGCUACGUGAACUUCGAGCGCAAAUCGAACCCGUACUACGAGCCAGACAGCGUUCUGAAACUCACAGUGAGCAGUGCGUUCACCAUAGACAGCAGCAUCGACGUCAUCCCGCCGACCGUCACAAAGAGCGCCAAGGAGGUUUAUGCGGCCUACGCGGCGCGCGCGCAGGGAUCAAAGAGGCCGCCAGCGCCAUCUAUUGAUCUGUACAAGCGAUAUGUUGAUUUCAUUGCGUGAGGCAGUUAUUGUUCUGAGAUUACAAUGUGAUA